AUGGGGGAUAUGGAGCUGCCUGAAUAUGCAGCCAAGAUUCUGCAAACAAGAUCAGAUGAGUCUAGGUUAUGCUAUGCAACCCCAUGUGGUGGUGAUGAGUUUGAGGUGAGAGACCAACAUGUGCAUUUUCCCAUCAAGCUGAACACUGGCACUUGUGGUUGUGGGAAGUGGCAACAUUUAGGAAUCCCAUGCAAGCAUGUACUAAGGGUGAUUUACCACCAGAGGCUACAACCGGCAGUCUUUGUAUCCCCUUGUUUCAAAGGGAAGGCAUACAAGCUAACUUAUGAAGAGCAUAUGCAUCCAAUGCCUGACCCAAGUCAAUGGCCAUCAUUGAACCUGCCUAACAUACUAGCACCACUGGUGAAAAGAUUUGCAGGAUGA